AUGUGUCAAGUGGGCCACCUCGACCCCAGCAGCCACCAAAGGGUCCUCAUGAAAACGGGCCUCAUCCUCCUCAUCAUCGGGCACCUCAACUUCAUCGCUGGUGGCCUCGUCCAUGGCAUUGUCCUCCGCUUUGUGGUCGACCCCCAGGACCCCAUCUCCCUGCUGUACGGUGUCACCAACGUCACCUCCGCCGUCGCCGCGCUGCUGGUCUCCUUGCAGGUGGUCCCUGUGGAGACCCCCAGCUCCGGGCAGUGCCUGGGCCUGCUGAGGCUGGACAGUGUGGAAACUGCCCAGCUCUGA